AACGCCUCAGCAGGUUCGUUUUCCAGAUGUUUAUAUAAAUAUACAUAUAUAAAAGAGAAUCCACACCCGGGUCAAUUGGCGGGCGCCAACCCAAGUGGUAGUAUCAAGAUACCGCAUCACAGCCGGAAUCGAUCGCAGCUAUUAUUAGGCAACAGCUGAAGUGUCGAAUCGAUCGCAAGGCCGCAAUCUUCCUCUCAGAAUUCACAUCACCUUUUGUCGUAUCCUCACUGAGGCCAACGUGAACAGCAUGACCGACACUGAAUUCGAAACUAGCCCAAUGGUCGCCUCCUUCCUUGAGCAAGUCGCGGUCGACAUCCCAUGCCUGACCAGCUGCAUCUCCGCGCUCAUCGACUGCACCGAGUCCGCCCUGCCCCUCGUCACCGAACUUCAGGACCGCGCCUCCCCCUCCGCUGCAUCAACGCUCGAGCAGCAAUGUCGCCAGCUCUCCAAGCUGUCGACGGAGCUGAAGACUAUCCUCGGCAGCUACUCGCUGCAGGUGGAGAGUAGUGGAUAUGAUGGGUCUCCACCGCCGGUGGACCCGAGCAUUGGGGAUUGGGUGCAAGAUACGUUGGCGGCGGUGAAUGAGUUGGGAGACCAGGCGGCGCAACUGCUGGAAGGCGUCAUGGAGGAGAAAGGAGAGGAGGCAGAGGGGAGUGGGCAUGAGGAAGGGUUUGUCGAGAUUCGGAGCGCGGAGCAGGUGGUAAAAAAGCUGGUGCCUCUUUCGAAUACGUUGAUGAAGAGGACCACAUUUUUGAAGGAAUUCUUACCGAUCUUCAAGUGUGAUUUGGACGAGUAUCUGGCCAAAAAUAUCGCCCAGCCCAACCGCAAUGGGAAUAUAACCACCAUACGAUCCGCUCUAUAUGACUUGAAAGACGAAAUGCGUGCCUCGGUUCCGCUCCUCGAAGAAUUGGAAUGUGAGGAGCCGAUGAUCGUCGAAACCAGCGACUCAGGGAGGGCCAGUGCUCCACCACACCACCGCAGUUCGAUAUCUACCGCCUCAACAACCAGCCGCGUAUCGGACGCCUCCUCCACCAUCUCAUUUACGCGUGAUUCCUCUGACCCUGACGAUUUCUACCUCGUCGACAGCGCCGAGAGCCUAGCCGCCACGGCCAAGUCCAUCCGUGAGACGCAGAUGCGGGUCUUCGACUCGCUAACCGAGAUCCUCACCAACCACCCGUCCGACUGGUUAAAUGGGAUCACCACUAGGGGGAAAGGAAGGUCGCUGAGUUGGGCCGAUUUCCAACAGCUGGACUAUCGCAAGAUCAAAGUCCUAGUGAAGGCAUACCGAAGCCUAAAUCUCAAUCUACAGGUCAUCACCCUGCGCUGCCGGAAUGAAGGGGGGAACAAGAGAAAAAUACUGGAGAAGAUGCGGAAGAUGUUGCAGCAGGUUUGUGAGAUACUGAAGUUGGAUGCUGACGGGACGAUCGGGGAUGAUUCUGACCUGGCGUUCCUCUGAGCUCAGGUUGCUUUUGAGCACCAAUCCUUGUGGCGUGGUUUGUCGUUACGCCUCAAUUUUGCUUGGGAUAUUUGGACUUCCCUAUAUGUGCUUUAUGUUACAGACUGGUUAUUUAAAAGUUGAGGCGUACGUAUCCAUCUAUAGCUGCCUCAGGGGAAUGGCGGGUUGGCACUGGAAGCUAGGAGUACACGGAGUGAUCAAGGUUGCCAUUACGAUCGAAAAUGAAUCCGUCGAUAGCAUUCUACGCAAGUCAGUGUCUACCGUAGCAAUCAAAGCUAUUCAGUACGUCAACUCACCCAA